CCUCGCCCCAAAAAAACAUAUUUUCCAUUCGACUUCGAAUAUACUUCAUUCUCGUAUUUCAUAUAAUCAAAUACAAACGCUUUCCUGAGCAUUCACGCAUGACGAACUGCUGCUGAUCUUCAUCAACUCAAAGCUAGAAGGAGAUUACUCAUGUAUGCAAUGGAUCAAUUUGAUAACCUCUACAAGGAGCGCAUUGCUGCACUUCUUAGAGUAAUGUAUGCCACUAAGUAUGUUAAAGAUGAUAAUGUUCCAGCUCUUAUUGAAGAGGGUCUCUAUUUGGGUUCUAUUGGAGCUGCUAAUAACAAGAGCCUUUUGAAAAGCUCGAAUGUUACACACAUUUUAACUGUUGCCAAUUCACUACCUCCUACAUUCCCUAAUGAUUUCACCUACAAAAUUGUUGAUGUUCCAGAUAGAGAACAUGUAAAUAUUGCACAGUUCUUCGAUGAGUGUUUUAGUUUCAUUGAAGAAGCUAAAAGAACAGGUGGCGUAUUAGUACAUUGCUUUGUGGGAAGAUCCAGAAGUGUUACUAUUGUUGUGGCAUAUCUGAUGAAAAAACAUGGUAUGAGUGUAUCUGAAGCUUUACAACUUGUGAAAAGUAAACGAAGUGUGGCUUCUCCAAACUCUGGAUUUAUGUCACAGCUUCACAACUAUGAGAAAUCUCUUCGAGGAGUUUAAGUGUUAAGGUGAUAAUGUGAUGCGCAAGUUCAUACUUGUAUUUUCCAUAGUGGAAAAUAUAUUUACAAAUUUGAUCUUUAUUUCUAUUAAUAUUUUCAAAUGAAGAUUAAUGUAUAUAUUUUACAUUAAUAAUACUAUAAGGGGCCAAAGUGAACAUUCUGUAUUAUUCAUCGGUUUGAAAAUUGAAACAAUAUUAACCCUUGAAAAAAGCAAAAUUUGUAAUUCGCUUUUGUGUAAUGUGUAAUUGGCAAACUGG